AUGUUACAUAUUUUUCUAUCAUAUUUCUAUAUUAUUUUUUUCUUAAUUGUAUUUCCAACACAACUACUUUUGCUCUAUGUAAUAAUUUUUCAUUCUCCAAAACAUUUGAAAACUUUGAAAAGGAUUUUCCUUUGUAACUGUAGCUGUCAAAUUUUUUCCAUGAUAACGUUAGUCUUGUUGCAAGCGCGCCAGGUUUCCAAUUUGAAUCCUGUGGAAUUAUGGUGUUAUGGUCCCUUAAGAUAUUUAGAUGCAAUUGUUGCAUACACUAUGUACGUAUUGUGUGAGGGGACUGUUUUGAUGAGCAGCAUUCUGAUCUUUAUCACAAUGUAUGUCAAAUACGAAGCUGUAAGAAGUAUACACAGAGAAAGAUCAGCAAAGUUUUCCGUUAUUAUUUUAUCAUUGUCCCCUCUUUUCAUAACCAUGUCAGCUGAAGCAUAUUUAACGAUAGAAUAUCACUUACCCAUUGAAUAUCAAGAGAAGUUCAGUGCUAUCAACUCCAACCUCGGCGAUCAUACUGUCAUAGGAUACAUUGCUUUGGACAACAUUCCUGCUCAAAUUGUGUUUUGCACCAUUUGUGGAUUUUUCGUGAUAUUUCCUUUGAUUAUGUUUUGUUUGAGAAGAAAUAUCAUCUUGUUCAUCAAUUCAAAGUUGGAUUUGUCGUCGACAACAAUGCGGCAACAAAAUAGAGCGCUUAUAAAUGGUUUGACGCUUCAAGCUUUUCUCCCACUCUUUUGCGUUUGCCCUAUAUUCAUAUGCUCUUUUGUGGCCCUCAUUACAAAGACAGAAAUACUACUUGAACAAUAUUUUGUAAGCGUUGUGUUGUUGCUUCCUACAUUUUUCGAACCUUAUAUAACAUUUUACACAGUGUCUCAUUAUAGAAAACAAGUCAGAAUAUGGCUGGGAAAAGAGAAUAUGGGAUCAAUGAUGCUUGUAGUGUCUGUAUCAAGAUUAUGA